GAGGGGUUGGUCACAGGUUUCCUCCUCCUGACACUCUUCCAGAGCCACACUUCCUCCGGCACUUUGCUUUGAACGCCGCUCCUUCUCUCCUCCAGAGGUUACAAUGAAUGUUGAACGUGAAAUCAACCUGUUAGUUGAAGAAAUUCGAAGGCUGGGGACCAAAAAUCCUGAUGGGACAUUGAGUGUGAAGUUUGGAGUGCUGUUUGCGGAUGAGAAAUGUGCCAACCUUUUUGAGGCUUUAGUGGGAACCCUGAAAGCUGCAAAACGACGGAAGAUAGUUAAUUAUCCUGGAGAGCUGCUUUUGCAAGGAGUUCAUGACAAUGUUGAUAUCUUGUUAUUGCAGGAUUAGUUACUUUCCUAGCAAAUGGCAUUUUUUAGGUAUCUAUAUGUAACUCAGAUCAAAAUGCAUUUGAUUGAAAGUAUAUCUUCCUAUUUAUCUUUAUAAAAUUAUAUAUAAAACUUCCUUGAAGGCCUAUUAAGAAAUUCUUUUCUGAAACCCUUGCUACAUCAUAGUUUGUUGGACCUUUUGGGCUGGGGGUGGGGGGAAUUUGGGAAUGACAUUCUCAAAUGUAUGAAAUGUUGUUAAACUUUGAGAAUUCCUUACAAAUUAGCAAUAUUAAUAACCUAAACCCUGCUUCAAACUUCCAAAGAUGGGUUUAUGGGGGAUUCUGCAAGAAUCAAAGUUACUAUGGCCAAAUAAAGUAUUCAAGCUGGUAGUUCCAUCUGAAACUGAAUAUUUAAUACGGUCUUUUUAUGCAAUGCUUGAAACAUAGGUUUCUCAUGUGACACUUUCUGAACUGUGAUACUUCAGAGGAACUGUAGAAAAUUAUAAAAGCAAUGGCAGGCAGAGGAAUUCUCUUGCUUUUUUUUUAAUGUAUUCUCAUUAAUGAAGGAGAGCAUGUUACGGAAAUCACUUCAAAGGAGAAAAUAAUUUAAGAGAAAUUUGUCCCUGAUGUGUUAUUUUUGCACUUAAGUUAGUUAUAAAGUGACCAAGACAAAGUGUUUUGUCUUUUAUUAUUACAAGCAUCUCCAGCAAUCGGCAAAUCAGGUAUAAAUUAAAUUCUGAGGAAACAUUCCAAAGGCUAUUUGGAUAUUUUCUUUGGCAGUGCUUCAUUGCUAAAUGGGAGUCUUGCUGUUGAGAAAUUGUCCAUCCAGUUUCGCCUCACACAGAUUUGAGAAUCUCAAAAGACCAUUUUGUCUAACUCAUAGAAUAUUCCUUUUCUCAGGGUGAAGCUAGAAAGAGAAGUGGGAGGACACUCCUCCUAUUCCUCAGAUUCCAGUUUCUCUGUAAGGCUCAUUACUUGACGAUGGUGCCCUUCUGGGGAAUAG